UGGGAAUAUUCAUUUAAAGAAGUAUUUUUAACAUUUUUUUAACUAACUAGCCAGCUGUUUACUUCAAAAGACAAUAUUUAUUUCUGGGAUUAAAUAUACCCAUCCUUAUACUGGAAAGAAAAUACCAAACAGGGACAACCUCCUCAGGACACCCACCUGUGGGAGGACCACGGCACAGCAAUGAGACUCGGUCUCCAUCCAUCCAGCCGGCACAGUGUGGGGAGGCUCGACAUUGGGGUGCUGCCUCUCUCCUUGAUGACAGCCACGCUCCUCCUCCUCCUCCUCCUUGGCCGCACUGGCACCACCUCCGAGCCCCCGCUGGUGCCAUUCCCAGAGAUACGGCUUGCCAACGGGCCCAGCCGGUGCCAGGGGCGAGUGGAGAUCCUCUACAAUGGCUCCUGGGGGACGGUCUGUGAUGAUGACUGGGACAUUGUGGAUGCCAAUGUGGUGUGUCGCCAGCUGGGCUGCGGUCACGCCAUCACCCUGCCAGCUGCCAUGACCUUUGGCCAAGGGAGUGGACCCAUCUUCCUGGACAACGUGGACUGCAAGGGCUGGGAGGCAGCCUUGAGCGAGUGCUGGAGCCAUGGCUGGGGCAUCCACAACUGCUACCACUACGAGGACGUGGCCGUCAUAUGCAAUGAGCUCUCGCCCACGCAAGCCAGUGAAGGACCGACGAGCAGGACCCUCACAUCCUCGGUACAGGAUGGGGAAAGUGAUGGCAGCAUCCGUCUGGUGAGCGGCACGGACACCUGCCAAGGCCGGGUGGAGAUCUUCUACCGGGGGAACUGGGGCACCGUCUGUGACGAUGACUGGGGCCUGAGCGACGCCAGCGUGGUGUGCAAGCAGGUGGGCUGUGGCCAAGCCCUGGAUUACAAGAGCAACGCUUAUUUCGGCUACGGCACAGGCCACAUCCUCCUGGACAACGUCAACUGCGAUGGCAGCGAGCCCUUCCUCGCCGCCUGCUACAGCCUGGGCUGGGGCAUCCAUAACUGUGGCCACCACGAGGAUGCUGGGGUCAUCUGCACAGGGUUGGACAGGUCCACCAUCACGUCCUUCACCACCUCGGUGGCCCUGGACUAUGAAGAGACCCUCACUGCCACGGCCACAGCAGUGACAGACGGCAGGGACCAGCCCUCCUUGGCCACCGAGGUGGUCACCACCGCUCUCCUUACCAUCGAGCAGGAAACUGGGUGCGGGGCCGCCCUCGCCGCCACCGUCCUCAGCUCCUUCGGCUACGGCAGCGGGCCCAUCCUGCUGGAUAACGUGGGCUGCGGCGGCGGCGAGGCUCGGCUGGCCGACUGCUUCCACCUGGGCUGGGGGCAGCACAACUGCGGCCACCACGAGGACGCCGGGGUCAUUUGCCGAGGUGCUGAUGAUGAUGGAGACCAUUUCGAAGAAGCCACCACUACAACCACCACAUCGGCUCCGAUUCGUCCCAAGGAUGGGUCCCUGCGCCUGGUGAACGGCAGCCACCGGUGCGAGGGGCGGGUAGAGAUGUUCUACCUGUCCCAGUGGGGGACGGUGUGUGACGACGCCUGGGACCUGCGGGACGCCAAGGUGGUGUGCAGGCAGUUGGGUUGCGGGCACGCCGUGGCGGCCUGGGGGGAGGCACACUACGGUCAGGGCACCGGCUACAUCUUCCUCGACAACCUCAAGUGCAAGGGCCACGAGCCCUCGCUGCUGCGCUGCUCCCACAUCCGCUGGGACGUCCACAACUGCGACCACUCCGAGGACGCGGGGGCCGUCUGCGGCAUCCUAUGACCACCCACCCACCAGGACCCUCGUGCAGCUCAGGUGGAAGGACCCAGCCCGCAGCACCAGCCGCCUUCGCCAUCAGCCCUCUCUGACGUCUGAGGAGACACCAGCCAAACAUCUUUGUGCUCUCCUCGACGGGGUGCCAGGGGGGGACGGGCUCGUGUGGCGGCGCAGAGCGGGUCCCAGCUGCCCCCUCCGCCGCACCCGCUCCUCCGG